GACCUGCCAUGGUGGCUGCGGUACAUCCAGCGCGACCCCCACCAGCCAGGAUACCUCUAUGGUUGCCCCAUGGCCACCGAGCUUGGCACCCACACCAUCGAGGUAGAUGCCCCUACUCCCGGUGGGGAGCCACUGUUCCAAGGUGAGUUCCUGGUGGGGAACAGGAAUGUGGAGGAGCUGCUGCCCACAGCCGCACGGGACAUCUUCCUGCAGGCCACAGCAGGAGUCUGGGAGCAGGAUGACCUCCAUGUCAUCAAUGUCACCUCGGCCCUGGACCGCGGCGGCCGUGUCCCGCUGCCCAUUGAGGGGCGCAAGGAGGGGCAAAAACGGGACUUGGAGACGUCUGAGUAA